AUGUCAGCGAGCAUCCCUGUCAUGCGCUCGUUGUCGUGUAAAGAAAAUCAAGCCUAUGCCGAGUGUACAAGUCCCAACGUGGAUGGACUGCAAGACGUCCCGCGAAGUAUCACGCAAUUUCUGCAAGACGACAUCAAAAGAAUUGAGGUGAAGUUGCAAGACUCUACAUCCGCCCGUCAAUCCUGGCGUCCGCCGCGCGAGUCGGUGGCCAACAGUCCACCUUCACCUACGAGAGUGGUGGCACCGAGCCUCGAAGGCGAUGCACUACCAGCGGCAUCCUCUGCCGCAUCUCAGCUCAAGGCCGAUCGACCGAUUGAUACUGCUCGGACCCGGGCUCGGCAGUGCUCAAGCGUGCAGAAGAUCAUCCAGUCGAUGACUCCAGAACAGGCCACAGCAUGCAAGAUACCCAGUAACACGAUGGGCCUGACCUCUUCUCGAGUCUUUGCGUCGAGUGGCUCCAGGAAUGAUGGUGGUCGAGGGCCGUCUUCGGCAGCCGCCGAGGUGACCCAGGGGCUGAUCAGCGUCAAGAACCUGGCCGCCAUGCCACCUCGAAUCGUCAGGACGCUGGUCCAGGUGUUCGUUGAGAAGAUUCACUCCCUGGUAACGAUGGUGUAUGAACCCACUCUCUGGAACCAGGUCAGGAGAGUUCUUCGCCUUAUUCACGAUGACGGAGUCACUUCCAUCGCCCCCGACUAUGAUUUUCUCAUCGUGCACAUUGUUCUUGCCAUCUCGGCCUCGCUGGGAAGCGCCUCGAGUGGUCAUGGGCCGCAGCGAAUGGCGUUCUCGGAGAGCCUCUUCCAAGAUGGCAUCAAGCAUAUGUCAAAUCCAGCCGUGUUCCCGUCCGAGAUGUCCGAGCUUGAAUCUAUUUUACUCACCCUCCAUUACGGAACGAUCAAUCCGAGGUGCGCCAGUGUGUGGAUGCUCUCCGGAUCUGCAAUGAGACUGUGCCUGAAGCUUGGUUUGCACCGAGAAUUGGAAGGGCAAUCUACCUCCGCGGAUCUUGCAGCGGAUAUGAGAAGACGCCUAUUCUGGAUGAGCUAUUGCCUUGACAGGCACGUUUGCGCUGCUCUCCAGUACCCCAUCUCCUUAUCAGAUGCUGCCAUCAACACUGGCCAUUUCUCGAUCUUGGAUGACAAGUGCCUCCCCACCGACUCGGCACUGUCGGGCCCUGUGACUCUUUCGAAGGCGCCCGCCCUGCACUGGCUGGAGUAUCGGCAAAUCCACUCAGAUAUGGUGGAGGUCCAUUUUAGAGGCAAGUACUUCGGCGGCUCUUGGGAAAAGUGGCUGGCAGGAAUGGAGGCAAAGCUUCGCACCUGGUAUGGCAAGCACAGUGACACUUACCCGUGGACUGAGACUGCGUACCACAAUGCCCUGACCUACCUCCACCGUCCGUCUCCUUUGACGCCGAAGCCGACUGCGAGGAGUCUCCUCAUCGCUUUCGAGAAUGCAUGUGCCGUGGCCUCCAGCUAUGGCAAAGAUAUUCGAGCCGGCUACUUUCGUCGCCCGUGGCUGGCCGCUCAUCACACAUUUGGCUCGGCGGUGAUUGUUCUCUUUUGUCUGCGACACGGGUCGAAGUUCAUACUCACCAGAUUCACUCCCAGCGAAAUAUCCGACAUGACGGCGUUGUUUUCACGGAACUUGCAGAGUGUUUCCUCGGAAUUCUGGCCCGAGGUCUCACGCUGCCUGGAGGUCUACAACCGCUUACUGACACCUCUCAUUGCGGCGAUCAUGUCGGACACCGACCCCGGGGUGGCAUUCGGCCAUGAACAGGACGAAGAGCUGGCACAUCUGUUGUAUCCUGGCACAACCAGAUUUGAAGCGCUAUCGUGGGACGAUGCCGGUGGCGCUCAAACGACUCAGGACGUAGAUUCGGCGCUCGUCAAUGUCGAUGCUUUUGAUUGGGACCUUUCCAGGUUUGACGACUUCGCCUGGGACGAGACCACCUUCGAUUUCUUGGACGGGUACGCUUAUACACCGGACUGGACAGAGGCGUUCCUCGUUACCUGA